AAUCGCGUUGCGGCGCUUUGGAGAGACGCUGAGGCAGCUCUGCCAGGAUACUAACAGCUACGGAAAAGGGCUAAAUAGUCGCUGAGAGAAGAAGAAAUCCUCCAACAGCCGCGUUGUUUUCAGCGAUGUAGAGAAAAGGGACUGUAAGAAAGCAGGACCCAUGACCCUGACACGAGGAUCCUUCACCUACUCCAACGGCGAGGAGUACCACGGGGAAUGGAAAGAAGGUCUGCGUCAUGGCCUAGGUCAGCUGACCUUCAGCGACGGGACGUGCUACACCGGACAGUUUGAGAACGGCCUCUUCAAUGGCUGUGGGGUGCUGGUGUUUCCUGAUGGCUCCAGGUAUGAAGGUAACUUUGUGCAGGGAAAGUUCCAAGGUGCCGGCGUCUUCACUCGCUUCGAUGGCAUGAGGUUUGAAGGCGAGUUUAAAGGCGGAUGUGUGGACGGCUACGGAGUGCUGAUGUUUGUGGACGGCGGCCCCGGCGGAGGAGGAGGCGGCAGCCACGAGGGCCUGUUUGAGACCAACCAGCUGAUGAGGAGAGAGAGCAGCCAGGGAGCCGUGCAGAGGGCCCAGGCAGCAGCCGCCAAAGCCCGAGCCCUGGCCAUGUGACCUGGACUUCAUCACCCCCAGAGCUCCAGCACCAGGAUCAUCCUCCCACCAUCCUGCUCUUGGUUUGAGCUGCUGACAAUGUUAUCUUCUCAUCCAGUCUCCUUGACUGCUGUAGUUCAACAUUUUUGUUCUUUUACAUCUACGCUACCAUUCAAAAGGGUUAGGGUCACUUAGAAAUGUCCUUAUUUUUGAAAGAAUGAAUGAGGAUAACAUUAAAUGAAUCAUAAAUCCAGUCUAGUCAUUGUUAAUGUGGUAAAUGACUAUUCUAGCUGGAAACAACUGAUUUUUAAUGGAAUAUCUCCAUAGGGGUACAGAGGAACAUUUCCAGCAACCAUCACUCCUGUGUUCUAAUGCUACAUUGUGUUAGCUAAUGGUGUUGAAAGGCUAAUUGAUGAUUAGAAAACCCUUGUGUUAUUAUGUUAGUACAUGAAUAAAAGUGUGAGUUUUCAUGGAAAACAUGAAAUAGCCUCGGUGACCCCAAACUUUUGAACGGUAGUGUACAUAUCCCUUUUCUUUUAUUUCUCAUACCUGCAAUUUGCCGUGUUCUACAGUAAGCUAAUGUGCGCUAACACGACCACUGAUUCAGGAUUGGCUGAGCCAAACACAGAUUUUAGUCAAUGAACUGGUGCUUAAUCUGCUUCAGGUUCAGAUAACUUGAUGAAACUCUGGAUUCAAAAGUGCAUCUGGAAAACACUGAUUUGGUGAUUUUCAUGUCAAAGAACAACUGGACUAGAUGUGGAUUUCAACUGGGAUAGAUUUAGUUUAAAAGUUUUUUAGAAAUCUAGGUGACUGUUUUUAUAAAUUCAGACUCUUGUUAUUGCUGCUCAUCAAUUCCAGUCAAACUCCUCAUUGGAUCCUUUAGUGAGUCUGAUCCAUUUCAGUUCAAAGCAGCUAAAAGCUAAAAGAACUGAAUUACAGAAAAGAGUAAAGCAGAGAACACAAACCAAUGAGGGUCUUAUUGGACCACAAAAUCAGUCCAGUGGUGACUGUGCAGUGAUGCUGGGUAGCUUCUCUCUGGCCUACAGAGAGCAUAUUAAGCAGACAAAGUUACAUUUUGGGCCUUUAUUGACAAUUUAUUUCUCCACCAAGGAGGAGUUAUGUGAUGAUCGGCAUUAGUUUGUCUGUCUGUCUGUCUGUUAGCAACUUUACUCAAAAACGGACUAACGGAUUUGAACGAAAUUUUCAGGGAAGGUCAGAAAUGACACAAGGACCAACUGAUUAGAUUUUAACAGUGAUGCGGCUUAUAGUCUGGAUCCACAGAUUUGUUAAAGAUUUCUGUGUCAUUGUGAGAUAGCGGCACGGCGUCACUGUAACUGUGACAACAAGUGAACACUACGUCAGCUGCCUGCUGCGAUCACAUGAUUGUGAUCCUACUACAAAUCCACCACUGUGGACUUAUGUGGACUUAUCCGUCAGAAAUGAUACGACUGAGCAGCCUUGGCGGAGUACUGCUCCCUCUACGUGCUUUUCUAGUUAAAUUAAUGUUUUAGCUCAGUGCUGGCAAUGAAUGAUACAACAGCUAAUGUCGCCUGAAUGAUUUGUACACACAAAAGAGAAUAUAGUGGAUAUUAUAAUUCAUAUAGUAAAUGAAAUGCAGGCAGGAAGCGGCCUACAAAAUGGGACCAACAUUCAGUAUCCAACUCUGGACAUGGGCGUUUCAUGUUAAAAUAUAUUCUUUAAAAUGCUGCUAAAACAAAAUGUACAAGAACUGUUGGAAACAAUUUACAGGUCUGUAAUAAGAUCCUGAUAAUUUCUGAGGUAGGUUUCCACAAAGAACUAUGUCAUUUGGUACUAAUUAUAUAGAAUAUGGAGACCGUGCUGAAGUGGAACACCUUCAGUUAAUUAAUUCCAAUGAACUAGUUAAUUGCUUUAGACAGUGCAGCAGAGGUCAGCUGAUACUGCAGAAAUGUAAAAUUUGUCCACAUGCAAGUGUACAAUUCAACAUAUGGUCUGUGGCAAUUACAUUUUCACUAAUUACUGAAUAAUGAAAAAAUGUAGUUGUCCUGUUUUUUUGAGAAGAAUCCACCAGAAAUCUGCUUAAAAACUCGGCACAGUUUAGCUCUAACUAAAAUACCUGAAAUAGCAAAGGUUUGCCCUCGUUGUUCCUGUAUUUUGGAGCAAUAAAUAUAGGAAUAACACCUACUUUCCACUACAUUUGAACUAAAUCCGGUUUUAAUUUACACAUCAACACAUACUUUGAUCAUCAAAUCACCAAAUCAGGGUUUCCAGCCUUCCCUUUAAGAGAUGCGUUUGUUCUGACUUCUUAGUGGUGCUCUAAUCAGAAUAUAAAUUGUUUACUGUAAGUUAGAAAUGUAAGAAGGAUGUACUGUCGGUCUUGGCUGAAGAAAAUGUGAGCAAUUUUAUCUUUUCACUCAGUGCCGUUACAGCUCAGUCUGAUUUCCAAUCAGCGGGAACAUCCUCCUCAGUGCCAACCACACAGUGCCAACAGGCUGCAGCUGAUCCAGAGUCAGUGGCUCUUCAUCACAGAAGGGUGGAGGGUGGGGGAUGAGCAGCAGAGGGGAAUGGAAGUGGCCGUCAUUGUGGCAGGCGGCAGUAAUGAGUGCAAUUUCUGUUUUGGAGGUGCAAUUUGAUAAUAGCGUGCAAUUUCUGCCUGAAAGCAAGAUUUCCCUUCCACCGGCUUUUACGUUACGAGACAGAGAGUGGGCUGUUUUGUCUACAAAAGAGCCCAGAGAGAGGCUCAUCUGAUGAAGUAGAGGCUGCAUGUCAAACGACUGAACACGACGGGUUUCAUUACAGAAAUACAUGCAUGCUUCCUGACAUGAAAUUUGAGAUGUUUCAGAGCCCGUCUCGUAAGCAAAGACGUUUAUAGCAGGAGUGUCAAACUGAUUUUGGUUCAGGGGCCACAUUCAGCCCAGUUUGAUCACCAGUGGGCUGAACCAGUAAAAUCAAAGCAUAAUAACCUAUAAAUAAUGACAACUCCAAAUGUUUCCUUUGUUUUAGUGCAAAAAAGGUUCACAUUUAAGGAAUUAUCUUUUUACAAAACAUCAUGAGCAACCUGAAAUUUCUUAAGAAAAGUAAGAUCAAUUUCAACAACAUUAUGCCUCAGUUUGUCAUUUAUACAUUACAACUUACAGAUCACAGAGUGUCUACAAAAACACAAAAGAUUUAAUCACAGAUAUCUGGAACUGAACAAUGUUGUAUUUUACUGUAUGAUCAAGGACAAGUCAGACAAAAAAAGGCAACAAAACAAGACAAAAUUUUACAAAAAUCAGACACAAAAUGACCAAAAAUUUGACAAAAGAAAUUGCAAAGUGACAAAAAAACGACAUGAAACAAAACAAAAAGGCAAAAAAUGAGACAAAACAGUUACAAAGUGACAAAAAAAUACACAAAUGACACAAACAAGACAAGAAAUGGCAAAAGCAAGAAACAAUACGACAAAAAAUAAGUUAAAAAAAACACAAGCAAGACAAAAAGGAAACAAAAUGACAAAAAUAUGAGGCAAACGACACAACUCUGAAAAAAAAGACCAAAAACAAGACAAAAUAUUACAAAAACAAGGCACAAAAUGACAACAGAACAAUGAACGAUUUAGUAUUUUACUUUAUGAUCAAAACAAUUUGUCAUGGUCUAGAAAAUAUUUUAAAUUUAUAAUUUUCCAAAUUUACAAUUUACAGUUAAUGUCUUCCCUGUAAUUUUUACAUUUUACAAAGUCGGCCCACAGGCCGGAUUGGACCCUCUGGAGGGCUGGUUUUGGCCGGCGGGCCACUUGUUUGACACCCCUGGUUUAGAUCAUUUGUCUCUUUUAUCAUAAAUAUCGCGUUGUUCAUCUGUGAAGAUUUAUUUACCAGAUGACACUUAUUUCUGAUGGUUUUUGUGUGUUUUUAAAAUGAAACUCUUCACUCAGUGCAUUUCUUUCCAGGGAGGUAAAAGAUUCUCGGCUGCCGUCUGCAGCUUUUUUUUCUACUCUUCACAACCCCUAAUCAAGGAUGUCACUUUUGAUGUUUACUGUUUGUGUGUAAUUCAUCAACUCCCCCUCCUAUCCCAAAAGAGAAAAAAGAAAGAGGAAAAAAAGCACCAUUGUUGUGAAUUUAACAGCGCUUGUGAUAAGCUCUAACACAUACUUCACGUGUGCGUCGUGCCUGCUGGGAAUCAGCGUCUGUCCAUGUAAUGAGACUGCUGUAGAUGUGUGCCGUCACACUGCUGGGGGGUGGGGUAUUAAAUGAGAAAAGGACUUAAUUGUCAGUUAUGUGAAUAUCUCAGAGUGCUAUUAAUUUUGGUUGUGGAUUUGGGGGCUGAUGCCUUCCCUGCUGACCCGUUUGACAGCGACAUCAAAAACAACUGAACUGGCAUCUCACACCUUUUAAUUGGCUCUGGGAUGUGAACAGACACUGUUAAAUGACUGCUGCCUUUAGCAGAGCUGGUGUUCAAGGGGAGAGCAUCCACUGAAAUCAUCUGUCUAUCUUAGACACUGUGUUUUUCUUGGUGAAAAUCUUGUGAUCUGUGCUUUAAGUGAUUUUAUUUUUUACGUUGUCGUGUACAAUGGUGGAAAAAAGUUUUCAGACACCCUUAAAAUUUGACCCAAUCUCAAAUAUUAUCGUGAAAUAUUUGUGGAAAAAUCUUAUUUGUGUUUCAAAAGGUGUGGCUGUAUUAGACAAACACAAAUGAUAUUUUUUUUUAGCUGUCGGACACGAUUUAAGAAGUUAAUCUAAUUAAUUUGAGCCAUUGUAAUUAAUUAAUCUCAAUAAUCACGUAUUUGUCAAAUAGCAACAUUUGACACGAUUAGCAAAAUUUUUCACUUCAUAUAAAUUUUGGUUGAUGACUGAAUCGAUGAAUGUUAACUUAAACAACAGAAAUGUUUGUGUUUCAUUGAUCUUUAUCUGCAUUUUUCAUCUGUCUACUACAUUCACAGAUUACUGCAAACUCAAAGUGCAAUUAUAGCGAUUAUGUUCAACAUUUUUACCCUGUAAAACCCAAAUAUAGAAAAAAAAUAGCAAAAAUUAUAUAUAUAUUUACAGGGUUAAGACUGUUUGUAAACUCAAACACUUUUAGCGUGUUGAAAAGUGGUCUAUUAUGGGAUGGCUACACUGGACUGUUGUAGUUAACGUUGGUGCGUCGACUCAGAGCUCAUUUGCAUAAAGUAGUUUCAUUUAUGCAAAUGUGGCUCGGGGAGCGGAGGUCCGACGCAUCGUGAAACUUUCAUUAAACGUCUGAACCAGUCGUCAAACUAAAACGAGGAACGAUUCAGCAGAUUAUUUCUCACUUCAAAUGCUUUCAGAAAUACUUUUUGCUGAAAGUUUGCAACUGAUGUUGAAAACAGACUUUAGGUUCAUUACUACCACCUACUGGGCUGGAGUGUUCAUCAGUGUUCCCAGUGUGCCAGAAAUUAGGGAACUGAGAAAGGUGCAAUUAAAUGCAUAUUUUUAGCACGUUAUUUUGUCUGUAAUUAAUUAAUCGAAAUUAACGCGUUAAAGUCCCAGCCCUUUUUUGUUUUUUUGUUUAUUGUUUACAAGAAAAACUAACAAAACUAAAUUCUUGACAGUUUCAGUAUGUCAGUUUUCAACAUUGUCGGUAUCAAAGUCAACAAAUAACAGAGAAUGUGUUCAAAACUGAACAGAAAAUAGAUAAACAUCACCCUAUCAAAUUAUUAUUUAGUAGUUCUGCCAUUAGCAGCAGUAGAGCUCUAAUCCUGGCUGGCAUGUUCCCCACAAGCAUUUCACACUGUUGAGGGCUAAUCUUGUCCUAUUCUUCUUGAAUUACUGCUUUUAAUUCUUCUAUAUUCUUUGGGUGAUGCUUUGAAAUGGCGUCAACCAAAGAAUUUCGUAUUUUGACUGUGACUAUACUAAAAUAAAUUGCACUUGAAGACCUAAGAGUGAUUCUUAAUGCAAUAUUUCACAAAUGCAUGGGGUGUCCAAACUUUUUCCCACCACCAUAUUUAACUGAAUGAUCCCAUGUUCCUUCAACAUGAAACCCUUUAAAAUGCACCUUAAAAGCUCAACUUGAAAAGUUGCCAUUUGAUAUUAACGUAAACUGUUGUUAUGAGUUAUUCUGUCCCACGUUGAUGUGACUGAAUUCACUAUUUCACUGUGAUGAGUGUCCAUGAGGAAGGCAAAAUCCACCCUAAAACUAAACUCGCAGGUUUCCUUCCACCUCAGAUAGGUGAUGAAAAGUCCAAACAGGAUCUCAAGAGAUCUGCAGUGAAAGAAAAGAUUGCUUAAACUAAAUGUCAGGUAUUGAUUUUCUUUUCUGAAAUGUGGAAAGAAACUAUGUGAGUUUAGUUUUAGAGGAGAUAUCAAUAUAAGGAGACUUGAUGCCAUUUAAAUGAGUUACUUUAGCAAAACACGUCAGUGUCGAAGUUGUUCUGAUCUACCGUUAUCACCUGAGGCUCUAUGACUGUUUCAUUUGCAUCUAAACUCUGUUGUUGUUGUUGUUGUCUUCAGUUGAAUGGAAUUUUUUUAUGUACACUACCAGUCAAAAGUUUGGACACGUCUUCUCAUUUAAUAUUUUUUCUUUAUUUUCGUGACUGUUUACAUUGUAGAUUCUUACUGAAGGCAACAAAACUAUGAAUGAACACAUAUGGAAUUAUGUAGGAAACAAGAAACGUGCGAAAUAAGUCAAAACAUGUUUUAGAUUUUAGAUUCUUCAACAUAGCCACCCUUUGCUUUGAUUACUGCUUUGCACAUUCUUACCAUUCUCUGCAUGAGCUUCAUGAAGUAGUCACCUGAAAUGGUUUUCCAACAGUCUUGAAGGAGUUCCCAGAGAUGCUGAGCACUUGUUGGACCUUUUUCCUUCACUCUGUGGUCCGUCUCAUCCCAAACCAUCUGGAUUGGGUUUAGGUCAGGUGACUGUGGAGGCCAGGUCAUCUGACCUAAGCAGCACUCCAUCACUCUCCUUCUUGGUCAGAUAGUCCUUCCACAGCCUGGAGGUGUGUUUGGGGUCAUUGUCCUGUUGAAAAAUAAAUGAUGGUCCAACUAAACGCAAACCGGAUGGGAUGGCAUGUAGCUGCAGGAUGCUGGGGUAGCCAUGCUGGUUCAGUGUUCCUUCAGUUUGGAAUAAAUCCCCAACAGUGUCACCAGCAAAGCACCCCCACACCAUCACACCUCCUCCUCCAUGCUUCAUGGUGGGAACCAUGCAUGUAGAGACCAUCCAUUCACCUUUUCUGCGUCAGAAAGACACGGCGGGUGGAACCAAAGAUCUGAAAUUUGGACUCAUCAGACCAAAGCACAGAUUUCCACUGGUCUAAUGUCUAUUCCUUGUGUUUCUUGGUCCAAACAAAUCACUUCUGCUUGUUGCUUUUCCUUAGUAGUGGUUUCUUAGCAGCUAUUUGACCAUAAAGGCCUGAUUGGUUCAGUCUCCUCUGAACAGUUGAUGUAGAGAUGUGUCUGCUGCUAGAACUCUGUGUGGCAUUUAUCUGGACUCUAAUCUGAGGUGCUGUUAACUUUCCAUUUCUGAGGCUGGUGACUUGCAUGAACUUAUCCUCAGCAGCAGAGGAGACUCUUGGUCUUCCUUUCCUGAGCGUAGAGCUUGAUGGUUUUUGCGACUGCACUUGGGGAUACGUUCAACGUUUUUGAAAUUUUCCAGACUGACGGACCUUCAGUUCUUCAAGUAAUGAUGAACUGUUGUUUCCCUUUACGUAGCUGAUUGGUUGUUGCCAUAAUAUGGAUUCUAACAGUUGUCAAAUAGGGCUGUCAACUGUGUACCAACCUGACUUCUGCACAACACAACUGAUGGUCCCAACCCCAUUAAGAAGACAAGAAAUUCCACAAAUGAACCUUGUCAAAGCACACCUGUGAGGUGAAAACCAUUUCAGGUGACUACCUCAUGAAGCUCAUGGAGAGAAUGUUAAGAGUGUGUAAAGCAGUAAUCAAAGCAAAGGGUGGCUGCUUUGAAGAAUCUAAAAUAUAAAACACAUUUAGACCCAUUUCACACUUUUUGUUUACUCCAUAAUUCCAUAUGUGUUCAUUCAUAGUUUUGAUGCCUUCAGUGAGAAUCUACAAUGUAAAUAGUCAUGAAAAUAAAGAGGCAAAGCCUGUAUCUGUAUUAUGAAACUGUCACUUAAUUCAUCCUCGUACGACGACUGAAGAUGUAAUCAAUGUCUUUAAUGUCAUUAAUUCCACAAUCUUCACUCCUCACACUCUUUCACACACUCAAGCUUGUGCUGUCCUCCUGUGUGGCACAAAAAUCAAGUCUGAAUCUCAAAAAAAAAAAAAAAAAAUACAAGCGUUUAUUGAGUGCCUGAACAAAAACGUUCUUCUACUGUGCUUUGAAUACUUUGAAUAUUGCCUGACUGUUUUACUAACUUUUUCUUAAGCGUCACUGCUUUUUUUAACGCUCUUUGUCUUUUCAGUGGAGAAAAGUUUAAACAUUUGUUUUGGGCUCAGUUUUAGGCACAACAGACAGUUUCAAAAAGCUUGAAGAUGAAGAGUCAGGCAGUAGAUGUAACUGUGUUUAUAUAAUAAAAUAAUAAAGGGAUUCAGGAAAUAUGAUUUUGAACUUUCAAAGGGAAACUAAUCAAAUGUCUGGGGUCCCACAUUAUCUAGCUGUUAUUUUAUUUUAUUUUUUUGAGUUUUUGCUCAAAUAAAACAGUAUACUCUAACAAUUUAACAUUUUAAAAUGAGGUAAAUUUAGUUUCUACAUUGUAAUAAAAGAUUCUACUGAGUUGCAUUAUGGGAAAUGUAGGAUUCAUGGAGUUGUGACAUGUCUACGUGGGUCAUUUCAGAAUUGGAGGACAUUUGGGCUUCAAAAUAUUAGUGUAUGUUGAAGUAGUGUAUGUUUGAAAUGAAAUAAAGAAUAAAAAUCCAGGUCUACUUUCUAGCUUUUCUCUCAGCCGUGAUCCUUAUUCUAAAAUUAUUUUUGAUCUGUUCUGUUUUUUACAGACUUAAUUUGAUUUUCCUCAACCAGAAUCCUUCAGUUGUGAAAUCAAUUCACAAUAUGGUAAAGACAAUCUCAGAUCCACUUCAGAGCUGUGUAACAAUGCAAACGGUAUUUCAGAGCUUUAUGAAAAUGAAGAGAAAAAAAUACAAAAUGUUAGGUUGACCAAAGGGUUAGGGUUGUAAGGAUGCAUUCUGGUCUGAAACACCAAAAUGCAUCCUUACAAUCUUUAUUUACUCAUAUUUGUGAAUCAUGUGUAGAUAAUGUGGGACCUCGUGAGAAAUCCUCUGACAUGUGUUGUAUGUUUCACACGGGGGUUUUGUCCCUGUUUUUCGGCACCUUUAAACACUGAAAAGUCAUCUGAGAACCUGAGGCCCGUUGUUUUCGUCACGAAGCCAUAGCUGUCACUUUUGUCGUUUUGCGGUGAAUCUGUUGCAAGACGAUGAUGUCAUGAAGAAAUGUUUGGUAUUUUUGAAUCCACAGAUGAAACAAUAAAUGAAAAAAUAAAAUGCACGAAGCUCAACCGGA